AUGGCAACAAAUAAUCAUAUUACAUCUGGCCUUGGAUUAUUAACAACUGUAGCACAAUUACCACCAAAAUAUAAAAUACGUUAUUUAGCUAGAGCAGCAUUAUUAGAAACCCCAUUAGAUUUAACUCUACAAAAACCUGAUAAAAUAAUUGAUAAUAAUUAUAAAACACUUAAUCAACAUCCGAUAACACCACCUCCAUCACCACCAAAAAAACGUUUUCGUGAUGAUGGUUAUCAAUCAAGUGACAGUGAAAUAAGUUCAUUAAAAAUUACAAAAAUUUUAGGAGAACAAUUAAACGAAACAAUAAAAGAAAAAUCAUCUUUUAAUAAUAAUACAUCUACAACAGCUCCAAAUGAAGAAAAAACACCAACAAAACCGAUAAAAAUAACAAAUUCGGCACCAAGAACUGGUAAAACAAAUCUAAAUAUGAGUCGUGAAAAGAAAACAACAAAAGCAAUAAGAAAAUUAAAAUUUGACGAAGAGACUAGUUCACCAGUUUCUGGAACAAUUAUACGUCCACUAGAAGAGAUUACAAAUUCUGGUGAAGAAAUUCAAUCUGGUGAUAUCGAUCCAGAAUUUAAUAUUGUUGAAGUAACUGAAGAAGCUAAACAAGAACUUGCUCAAAUUAGAAAUAUUAUUGGUUCAUAUACUUGUAAAUUAUGUCGUAUUGAAUUUGAUGAUGCUUUCGGAUUAGCACGUCAUCGUUGCUCUUGUAUUGUACUUUUAGAAUAUCGUUGCCCCGAAUGUGGUAAACGAUUUAAUUGUCCAGCAAAUUUAGCAUCACAUCGUCGUUGGCAUAAACCAAAAGAAGAAGUUUUAAGAAAACAACAAGAAAAUUCUGAAAAUGAACAACAAUAUCCAUGUAUUGAAUGUGGUAAAAAUUUUAAACGUCAAGCAUAUUUAAGAAAACAUUUAACAACACAUAAACAUAAAGAAGAAUCAAUAAAACGUAAAACAACAACAACAAAACUUACAAAUAAUUAUCAUAAUAAUCAAUAUGGUAGUAAUAAUAAUAAUAGUAAUAAUAAUAUUACAUUAUAUGGUAAUAAUAAUAUAAUUGCAAAUAAUAAAUAUGAUUCAGAAUAUUCAGACACACGUUCUGAUUGUUCAUCACCAGGUCGCCUGCAAAUUAUUGAUGAACAUAAUAAUUUAACUGAAGAAGAAAAUAUUGCUGCAGCAGCUUUAGCACAUUUAAGAAAUGGGCCAUCAGUAAUACAACAUACUACAGCAACAAUGGAUGAUGUAAAUUCAAUUUGUACAAUAGGUAACACAACAACCGAAUGUACAAGUUAUAAAUUUGAUCCGUUUGAUGAUGAAACCAUUGUCUCUGAGUUCUCAUUAGUAUGUAAAAAUGAAUAUAUUGGACCUCUAACAACAACAUUAUACUAUAUUGGAGUUACAAUCGGAUCACUUUUAUUUUCUACUUUAUGUGAUAAAGUCGGUCGAAAAAAACUUGUUUUAAUUUGCAUGUAUGCAAUUGUUUCAUUAUCAAUAUGCUUAUAUUUUGGAAAUAGUCUAACAUUAUUUAUAUUAUUUCGAAUAGCAAUUGGAAUAUUCGCUGGAGGAUUAGAAAUGUGUACAUUUACACUAAUUAUAGAAUAUUCUACAUCAGAAAGUCGUACAGCAGCAGCUGCAUUUUUUGAAUUCAACUGGACUGUUGGUGUAAUGAAUUUAGGUGGUAUUGCUUACAAAAUACAUUCAUGGAGAGAGUUAACUUUAGUUAUGACAAUACCUAUGAUUUUAAGUGUCGCAUAUAGUUGGUUAAUUCCAGAAUCAAUAUCAUGGCUUUAUGUUAAUAAUAAAUAUCGAGAAUGUUUAGACGCCAUUAAAUCAAUGGCAAAGAAAAAUCAAGAUACUGUAACUGAAGAUGCUUGUAUUGCAUUAUUAACAAAUUUAGGAGACGAUAGUAAGACGAUAACUAGUUCAAUGGAAAAUCAUGAUUAUAAGAAAGAAUCAAAAUCAUCAUAUGAAAUUAUGGAUGUCUUACGUAAUUUGAUUUUAAGAAAACAUUUAAUUAUAAUGGUCAUAGUUUGGUUUUCAAUAACUUUAUCAUAUUACGGAAUCGCUUAUUAUUUACCAAAACUAUCUGGUCAGCGGCAUGCUAAUUUCAUAAUUGAAGCAGCUGCAGAAGACAUUGGAUAUUUCUCAUCAUAUUUUGUUUUAUCAAGAUUUGGACGACGUAUUCCUUUGGCAUUUUAUCAAAUUCUAAGUGGAAUUUUACUAAUUUUUGUUUAUUUUAUCGAUAAAACUGAGGUCACAGAAUGGUCUGCAAUUGCAUUAAUGAUACUUGCAAAAACUCUUGUUGCUUCUUGUUUUACCGGAAUGUUUGUGUUUGCGAGUGAAUUAUUUCCAACAUCAUGUCGAGGUUUUGGUUUAGGACUAUGCAGCUUUUCAGCGCGAACAGCGAGAGUUUUGGAAUCGUAUAUCUUGUUUUUGGAUGCAAUGAUACCAUCUUUCAUACCAAUGACAAGUAUAGCAUUAUUAGUGUCAGCAAGUGGUGUAGCAACAAUGUUAUUACCAGAAACUGUAAAUUUAAUAUUACCGAAUACUAUUGAGGAAGCACAGGACAUUUGGAAGGAAAACUAA